AUGAGCAAGGUGGAAAAGAUUUAUGUGACAGUGCUUCCGAUGACUACUGAUGAGUAUGUUGAUGGGCAAAAGCAUGCGAUUAGCACUAUGACUGAGUUGGAGUCUCUUGGAGGACUCAAGGUGGAGCAGAUUGGAAAUGACACGGUUGUUCAUGAAACUCUUGGAAAGAGUGAUAGGACACACAAGGUGAUGCAUCUUAAAUCGAAGAUCCCAAGGAUUCUUCAUAGUAUGAUUCCGGAGGAUGCAUUUGUUGUUGAGGAGAUUUCACACAAUGCACGCACGAAGUGCCAUACUGUGUAUAAGAAUAGAUACUUUUCGCAUGAUACAUUCAAGAUGGCUUUUUACACAGUUAAUAUGGAUGGUCAUGAAAUACAUGAAAACCCAUUUGAAUACUGUGUAGAUCUGGCAGGCACGAUUGAGAAGGUACAUAUUGAUCUCCAUUGUGAUCCUGUUGAUCCAUUGUUUGAUCCAUCUACGUAUUACCACGAAGAAAGUGGAAGAGGACGACUUGUUGAUGGAUGGAUCAGUGCGUAUCAAAGCAAAGGCAUUCCGAUGAUGGUAUCGUAUAAGCACCUGAGUGUUGAAGUCAACAAUUUCAUGAUGGGUAAGUGGGUUUCCGAUGAGAUUGAAAAAUCGAUGCGGAGCAUGAUAGCCUCGGUACAGCAAAGGAUAUUCUGCACAAUGCAUGAGUGGUAUAAACACUCGAAGCAUGGACGCUGUGAGUAG